AUGCAAGACACAUUUGUGGAUGACAUACUCACGGGGGCUGAUACCCCAGAAGCAGCUUUAGUGCAGCAAUCACAAUUAAUUGCUCUAUGCAACCAAGGCCAAUUUCAACUUCGGAAAUGGGCCAGCAACUCUCCUGUGAUCCUUCAGGCUGUAUCGAAAGAUGAGCGCUCCAUGUCAUCUGAUGUAUUAUUCGACGAUGAGCUGGAGGCUGGGCUGAAAAUCCUCGGGAUGCAAUGGAAUCCAAAACUUGAUCAUUUCUCUUACACCUUUCAGUGUCCAAAUGCAAGUACAACGAAACGUUCGAUCCUCUCGGAUCUUGCACGCAUUUUCGAUCCUCUCGGUUUUCUCUCACCUGUCACCUUUUUGGCAAAACACAUGAUGCAGUUACUAUGGACAUCAGGAAUCGGAUGGGACGAUCCCAUUCCCGAACAGGUGCACACAAUGUGGCAGCGGUACCAAGGUGAAAUUCAAUGCAUACAAAAUCUGAAGAUUCCCCGACGACUUACCACGGAAGGAGAAACUCAGUAUGAACUCCACGUCUUCUCAGACAGUUCCGAAAAGGGUUAUGCGGCCGCAGUGUACCUACGUUGCGAUUCUGGAAACCGCGUUUAUUGCAACCUCGUCACGGCAAAAUCCAAGGUGUCACCUCUGAAACGAGUGACUAUUCCACGAUUAGAAUUGUGCGGUGCAGUGUUGGCAGCUCAACUGUUGCAUUAUGUGUAUGAACUUCUCAAACAACUACUUUCCAUCAACGCCAUGCACGCCUGGACUGAUUCAACGACCACUCUCGCCUGGAUUCAAUCAUCUCCACAUCGAUGGGCUACGUUUAUUGCAAACAGAACCAGCCAGAUCCAGAGCCUCACACCACCAUCACUCUGGCGAUAUGUUCCAACCAGCGAAAAUCCGGUAGACUGCGCGUAUCGUGGACUCUACCCUACUGAACUCCUGAAACAUCCAAUGUGGUGGAAUGGACCUGCGUUCCUGGUUCAAGAUCACAAUACAUGGCCCUUAUGUUCUGCUACGGCCGUCACAGACCUUGAAGCACGACCCACAGUCCUCGUGACAACCCGGACCAACACCAUUUUCGACCGUCUCUUCUGUCGAUUUUCGUCAUUACAAAAGAUCAUUCGCAUCAUCGCAUAUUGUAAACGGGUCUUUGCGAACAUCAAACCCGACAGAAUCGACCCAUCAACCACCGAACUAAGUAACGCACUGGAGGUCAUUAUACUCGCCGUACAAAGCCAAGCGUUCGGUGACGAACUUACGCAACUCCGCGAUCCUACUCACAAAGGUGUUAGCAAGUUACGUGGCUUGAAUCCAUUUGUUGACAACCGUGGAAUUCUACGAGUUGGAGGUCGUCUGGUUCACGCUGAUCUUCCGUGUGAGCAGAAGCACCCUAGUCUUCUCCCGAGGACACAUCGAUUUACUCACUUGCUAAUUGACGACACCCAUCGUCAGCACAAGCACCCGGGGGCUACAACACUACAAUCCAUCAUCCAGCAACAGUAUUGGAUUGUAGCCAGUCGUCAAGUUAUUAAAUCUCGUUUACGUCACUGUAUUGCCUGCUACAGAACUCGUCCUCGAGGAGUCCAGCCCGUAAUGGGAAAUUUGCCAAAAUUCCGUUUACAGCAAAUAAAGCCAUUCACCGCAGUCGGGGUCGACUACGCUGGUCCAAUCAUGUUAAAACCAUCAACAACGCGCAGCACUGUACCAUGCCAAGCAUACAUAUGCCUCUUCGUCUGCAUGGCAACCAAAGCGCUACAUCUUGAACUCGCCUCAGACUUGUCCACUGAGACUUUUCUGAUGGCCUUUAGUCGUUUUAUUUCACGCCGAGGCCCAAUACAACAGAUACACAGUGACUGUGGAACCAACUUUGUAGGCGCCUCCAAGUUGUUUGAAACAGUUGAUCAAUUCACGCAAUCCGCUGAACACCAGGAAAAGUGUAGAAGCUUUCUCACAGCGCGGAACAUCAGCUGGCACUUCAAUCCACCAUCCACACCUCACUUCCCCAGAUAG